AUGGCAGGUCAGCCUACCAAGUCACCAUUCACGGAUGCGCAGAUCAAUGCCCCCAUCCCAGCACCCAUCUUCACCACAGCACGCCUGGGUGUUCGAACCUACCAUCCCCAAGAUGCGCCCUCCAUGACCCGCGCAGGCAACAACCCUGCGAUCUUAAAGUACAUGACCAACUCUUUCCCCAAUCCAUACGACCUCAUUGCAGCGAACGGCUGGAUCAGCAUGAACAUAAACGAAACCCAUCCUGCUCACUUUGGUAUCUUCGAAAAAUCAGCGCCUGAUGUCCUGAUUGGUAGUAUUGGGCUCAACAAACUCAGUACAGACGUACAUGCACACACUGCCGAAAUCGGGUACUGGCUGGCUGAAAGCCACUGGAAUAAAGGGAUGAUGUCGGAGGUCGUGGGAGGCUUCACCAAGUGGGCUUUCGAGUCCUUCGAAGGCAAAGAUGGUCAGAGGAUGAGGAAGCUGUACGGCGGAGUGUAUAGUUGGAAUCCAGGGAGUAUGCGAUGCUUUUUGAAGAAUAGGUUUGCACCAGAAGGUGUGAUGAAGGGCCAGGUUGAGAAGAAUGGCCAGACAUUGGACUUGCACUGGUUUGGUUUGACAAAGAAAGACUGGGAAGCCAGACAGUGA